AUGCUUCGUCCGGAUAUCCGAAGCGUGGGAUGCGCAGUUGCCAAAUGCCCAGAAUCCAGUGGAGUUGUCAACGUCACUAUGGUGUGCUUCUAUGGCAAGGGACACCUCUAUCGGGUGUUUGCACAAUUCACCAUGGCUGAUCAUUUUCACUACGGCAACUGCUACGCGUACUCACAUUGGGGACGAUGGAUGCUCUCAAUGAACUAUAGUUGCGAGCUGGAGAAAUUGGCACUUGAAGCUGUUGAAGGUUGCCCACCGAAGCCUCCAACGAGCUCCGAGGCAGGCUACACACACUUCGAAUGGUACCAAUUAUCAUUUUAUGUUAAUGAACAAUAA